GUGGGCCGGCUCCACCCCGGGCCCCCGAGGUCCGCCCGCCGCGCGUCCGCUCCUCCCAGCCGGGUGGGGGCUCGGGGCGGCGCCUGCUCGGCUGGGCUCUGGGCUGGGUGGCCGCAGAGCGACCGAGCGCACGGCAGACGGCAGCCUGGGCCCGCCGAACCAUGGCGGCCCCGGAGCCAGCGCCCAGACGGAGCCGAGAGCGGGAGCGGGAGGACGAGAGUGAGGACGAGAGCGACAUCCUGGAAGAGAGCCCAUGCGGCCGCUGGCAGAAGCGGCGUGAGCAGGUGAACCAAGGGAAUAUGCCUGGGAUCCAAAGCACCUUUCUGGCCAUGGACACGGAGGAAGGAGUAGAAGUGGUGUGGAAUGAGCUGCACUUUGGCGACAGGAAAGCCUUCGCAGCCCAUGAGGAGAAGAUCCAAACUAUGUUUGAGCAGCUGGCACUAGUGGACCACCCCAACAUUGUUAAACUGCACAAGUACUGGUUGGACUCCUCCGAGGCCCAAGCAAGGGUCAUCUUCAUCACAGAGUACGUGUCAUCGGGCAGCCUCAAGCAGUUUCUGAAAAAGACCAAGAAGAACCACAAGGCCAUGAGCACCCGGGCCUGGAAACGCUGGUGUACACAGAUCCUGUCGGCACUCAGCUUUCUGCAUGCCUGCAGCCCCCCCAUCAUCCAUGGGAACUUGACCAGUGACACCAUCUUCAUUCAGCACAAUGGCCUCAUCAAGAUCGGUUCUGGUGCUGCCGGAAGGGACAGGGUUAGGCAGGAGCUCCCGGAUGAUCUCAGGAGCCCCAUUCAUACUGAGCGCCAGGAACUGCGAAACUUGCAUUUCUUCCCACCAGAGUAUGGCGAGGUCGCAGAUGGUACUGCAGUGGACAUCUUCUCCUUUGGGAUGUGUGCGCUGGAGAUGGCUGUGCUGGAGAUUCAGGCUAAUGGAGACACCAGAGUCACAGAAGAAGCCAUUGCUCAAGCUAGGCACUCACUGAAUGACCCCAACAUGCGGGAGUUCAUCCUUUCCUGCCUGGCCCGGGACCCUGCCCACCGACCUUCUGCCCAUAACCUCCUCUUCCACCGAGUGCUCUUUGAGGUGCACUCACUGAAGCUAUUGGCAGCCCACUGCUUCAUCCAGCACCAAUACCUCAUGCCUGAGAAUAUAGUGGAAGAAAAGACCAAGGCAAUGGACUUGCACGCAGUCCUGGCAGAGAUCCCCCGGCUCCACCAGCCCAUGAAGCAGUGGCGGUACUCAGAAGUCUCCUUCUUGGAGCUGGACAAAUUCCUGGAAGAUGUCAGAAAUGGGAUCUACCCACUGAUGAAUUUUGCUGCCACUCGGCCCCUGGGGCUUCCCCGUGUGUUGGCCCCACCCCUUGAAGAGGCCCAGAAGGCCAAGACCCCAACGCCAGAACCCUUUGAUUCUGAGACCAGAAAGGCAAUCCAGAUGCAGUGCAACUUGGAGAGGGGCGAAGACAAGGCACGCUGGCAUCUCACACUGCUUCUGGUGCUGGAGGACCGACUACACAGGCAACUGACCUAUGACCUGCUACCAAACGAUAGUGCCCAGGACCUCGCAGCUGAACUUGUGCACUAUGGCUUCCUACAUGAGGACGACCGCACAAAGCUGGCUGCCUUCUUGGAAACCACCUUCAUCAAGUACCGAGGGACCCAAUCCUGACCUGCUCAACCCUGGAGGCCCAGCCAGGUGCUGCUGGCUCAGGAUAAGCCAUGUAGGGAAGGUCCAGACUGCUGAAGCUGUCCUCACUAGUGUGCCUGAGAGCUAAUGAACAUCAGCUUGCUAGUGAGGACCCCCAACCUUUACUAGCAGUGUGGGGUCCUGGUGUGGUGGUGGGGCCCAUUGGGGGCCAAGGGAGCUUGGGUGGGGUGGAAGGUGGGGCUAACCCUGAACAAACCUCUGCCAGGGGAGUGGUUCCAUGUGGUCAGGGAAAGCAGCCAUUCCUGGUUGGUACCACAAUUAGGCCAGGAAACUGGACCUCAAACUGCAACAGAGUCUUGCUGGUGUCAGACACAGCACUGAGCACCUAAGAGGGUCGACCCAGCUGGAGAAAAAGAGGGCAGAGACCUGGAAUUGAGGCCAUAUUCAGCAAAGCCUUGGUCCUAGGCAGAACCAUUCUGGAGCACCCCCUCAAGCCUUCCAUUUGCUUUAGAUCAGGAACUGUGCCCUCCCUCAUAGCCCCUCAAAGGGGCUAUUUUUCUCCAGUGUUCCUUGGCUAGGUGGGGUCAGAGAUCAGGUAUCCAAGACACCUUCAUCAUGGGAACAGCUCCUUCGGGGGCCCUCAGGCUGUGCAUUCCUAUUUCCCUCUCUUUCCCUCACUUAACUACUCUUUUCAGUCUUAGACAUUUCAAUAUUCUACACACACACACACACCCCCACACCCCUCAAAUCCACUGCCCUGGCUUUUUAGUUCCUGGCUGCUGGACAUUUAAAAUUGUAUACAGAAAUGUAAUACAUCAGAUUUCUGAUUAAGCAUUUCAAAUGUCAAUAUAGAAAGGCUCUCUGUUGCACUAGUUCUAGUAUAUUGUCACUAAAAUUUAUCACAAAUUUGGUGACUCAAAAUACAAAGUAUAAUUUGUCAUAAUAGGUGAGAGGUCUGAUAUGGGACUAAAGUCAAGGGGUUGGCAGGCUUCAUUUCUUUUUGGGGAUUUUAGGGGAGAAUCUACUUUCCACUCAUUUGGGCUACUGGCAGAUUUAUUCACUGCUUUGAAGUACUAGAAAUGCUCCCCACCGUGCUUUUUUUUUUUUUUUUUUUUUUUUUUUUUUGUGCCAGGGCUGGAACUCAUGAACUUGUGCUUGACAAGCAGGCACUUAUGAUGCUGAGCUAAAUCCCCAGCCCCCUAAAUCCUCAUUUUCUUACUGGCUGUCAACUGAGGAACAUUCUCAGCUUCUAGAGGCUGCCCACAUUCCUUGGCUGUCUCUUCACCCUCAAGGAUAAAGCAGCAAGCCAAAUCUUUGUCUUAAAUCAGCUGACUGUUUGCUGCUAAGAAAGUUCUGAUAAGGACUCCAAGUGAUUAGGGUGGGUCCACCUUGAUAAUCCAGGAUGAUCACCUCAAAAUUUGUUAAGAUUAAGCACAUCUGCAAAGUACAUUCUGCCAUGUAAACUAACAUUCACUAGCUCCUGUGGUUAGAGAAUGGACAUCUUGAGGGUGGUGAGAUUUUGCCUAGACUAUCACCCUAACCAAAGCCAAAAACCAAAAUGAAACUGCCAAGGUAUAUCAAAUAAAUGAACAAUUAUAGUGAAUUUCAAGUUAUCUUAAACAUUACAGUACUAUUUACAAUGUUUCCUAAAAUUUCAUACAUUUCAACUUAAAAGGCAGAUUUCAAAUAACUUACACAGUCUAGGAGGGAAUCCUAUUGCUAAGCUGUCUGCUUGUGCAUGGUCAUGUUGAGUGGUAAAUACAUAGCAGAUUGUACCAGUCAUUAAAUGGAACUUAAAAGCAUCGGUACUACAGUCUGCCUUUAAUCAUGCUUAUGCUGAGUUUUUUAUUUUCUCUGCAUACAUAUCGUUUUAAAAGUUAGAUGUUUUGGGGGAAGCAAUAACAAAUAAAUGCAGUCUUCUACCUAA